AUGCUGCAUAACAUACUUCUCACGGGCGGUUCCGGCUAUAUUGGUGGAACCCUCUUGGCUCGAUGGAAAGAGGCAGGACUUGCAGAAUAUGGGAAGCUAUUCAGCUUGGUUCGAACAGACGCUCAAGCGGAGACAACUCAGGAUUUAUACGGCGUUGAGCCACUGAGGAUCAAUUUGGAAGAUGAAGAGGCUGUGAAAAAGGCUAUUGUGUCAAAUAAGAUCACAGUUGUGCUGUACCUGAUUGAUGCGUACUAUUUCAAGCAUCAGAUUCAGUUUAUCAAGGCCCUUGCUCAAGCUAAGAAGGAAACAGGACAAGAAGUUCACUUCAUCUACACCACCGGAACCAAGCAAUUUUCGGAUAUGGGUGGUGCUCCCAGUGAUAAAGAUCUACUCGACAAUGAUCCUGAGCUAUUCGAGAUUCACAAGGCACAAAAAGCGACUGUUCCGGAGUUACAAAUAGCAACCAACACAAAUAUCUCAGUUGUGGAGGCCGGUGUCGAGCAUGGGCUAACAUUGAAUGAAGACGGCAAGGGAGAAGGCUUUGGCAAUAAGAUAUCCAUCCAAACUGUGGACAUCGUGAUUGCUGCGAAGGCGACUGGUCGAGUUUAUGAAUUUGAUAGAGUAGGACAGAUUUGGCCUGUGGCUCACAUUCUUGAUACUGUGUCUCUCUACUUCGCCUUGCUUACCGCGAUCCUAGAGGAUAAGAACCCUAGUCAUGGGAAGAACGGUUUCUAUCUUGCAUCGUCCGGAAAGGUUGCUUGGCAUGAUAUUUAUACCGGCAUUGCAGAUGCACUUGCCCGCCGCGCUAUAAUCGAGGAUGGAACAGUUCAUCUGAUGAAUGACACAGCGCUUGAGAAGAUUGCCAAGGCUCAAAAGGUUCCAUCCUCGUGUGUAGUUGUGAAAAUUGGAGGAAGGUCGACUUAUACAGCAGAGAAUGGGAAAUCUUUGGGUUGGAAGCCACAGUACCCACCGGAGCACAUACUUCAAGUCCUUGACAAGGAAGUUGAAGGAAUUCUCGAGGGGCUAGACUCCAAGCACUCGGGACUUCGAUAA